GUCAGUCCGGGGGAAUGUUGGGGCUGUGGCCGGUCGGGGUGUGUGCUUGAGUCUCCCCAUGUGUGUUUGUGUGAUGGUCUGUGUAUGCCGUGCCCGAGGGCUGGGUGCUGUUUAUGCGUGGUGUACCUGCGUGUGUGUGUAUGUGUGUGUGUGUUGUGUGCUCUGUGAGAGUUGUCAGUGGGUGCUGUUUGGGGUUGAUUCCCUGGGUCUGUGUUGCCUGCGUGAGCUACAGUAUGUGGCUGGGAUGUUUGUGUGUUGCUUGAGUGAGCUGGGUGUGAGGGUUUGUGUGCGCGUGUCUUGCCUGAUGUGCUGUUUCUGUGUGCUUGUGUGUCUUGACUGUGUGUACUGUCUGUGUCGAUCUCUAGGGCAUGUGUCUCAGCUAAGCAUUUGCGAUGGUAUGCCUGCUGAGCGCAGUGGCUGUUUUCUGUCCAGGUGCGUGAGCACGCGUGCGUGUGUGUGUGUGGGGGGGUGUCUCAGGCUGUGUUUGGCUUGUGUGUCUGGCAUCUGAGUCUGGGAAUUGAGGACUCGGUGGGGUCUAUGUGGUGCUGUCAGUGGGGGUUACUGGCAGUCCAGGGCUGUGUCUGAGCCUGUGUGUGUCUUGUGUGUGUGUGUGUGUGUGUGUGUGUGUGUUGGGUCUGAGGGGCUUGUCUCUGUGAUCGGCUGGCUCAUGUGUGUCAUGUGGGCUGCGUGUGUGGAGUGUUUAUGUCGGUCACGUGAGACCAGUGUUUUCUGUGGGUGCCUGAGGUGUGCGCGCUGCCACGGUUGUGUGGGAUUAGAGUUGGCUGGGGUGUGUGCGUGUGUGCAUGUGUGUCCGAGGCUGACAGUUGGGGAUGGUGUUUUGAGGUUGGUGGUGGAGGGUUAGCUGAGGUCUGCUCUUCGGCGUGUGUGCUGACGCGUCUGGGUCUGAUGACAGGAGUGUGUAUGUGCCUCAUUUCCAUGCGUCCCGGGAUCUGAGAGUUGGUGAUGGAGGGGUCAUAUUUCGGGUGUGUUGGUCUCUGUGUAUGUCCACGGAUGUCCGUGGGGUGUUGGUAUUUGUGUAAGCCCUGAGGUGUGCAGGUCUGACCUCGUGGGUGUGUGUAUGUGUGUGGGGGGAGGGGCAUGUGUCUGAGAAGGGGGACAGUGCCCAUGUGGUGUGUCUCUGUGUUUGCGAUGGCUGCAUUGUGCGUGUGUGUCCACGCGCAUAUCAACAGUGGGUCAGUGGGUUCUGACAGUUCGUGUAUGUGUGUGCACAGGGAUGGAGGGGCUGGGAUUGUGGCAGCCCGUCUGCAUUCUGAUGGUCUGUGUGUAUGUGUAUGUCCACGUUUUGGUCAGGGUGUGUUUGUGUGUGCAUAUGUGUGUCCUGUACUGAGUAGCAAUCUCAGAGAUCAGAACCAUUUCUGUGCCAAUGGGAGAUGAGGUGGGAGGUCAGGCUGGCCAGUCCCAAGGAAGCCCUUACCUGUGUGGCAUGUACCCUUCACCACCUCCCUCACCCCUCCCGGAAGUAGUAUUUGCCAUUGAGGUCCUGCAUGAGCCCCUGUGCAUGGCCAUCGCUGUGUUCUGGAAGUCAGCUCCACCAGCCCAUGCUCUGGGUGACUCCCAGGCUGGGCCCCAGGGAGCGCCAUGGCCCGAGCACGCCAGGAGGGCAGCUCCCCGGAGCCCGUAGAGGGCCUGUCCCGCGACGGCCCGCGCCCCUUUCCCCUCAGCCGCCUGGUGCCCUCGGCCGUGUCCUGUGGCCUCUGCGAGCCCGGCCUGCCCGCCGCCCCCGCCGCCCCCGCCCUGCUGCCCGCCGCCUACCUCUGCGCCCCUACCACCCCUCCCGCCGUCACCGCCGCCCUGGGGGGCCCCCGCUGGCCUGGGGGUCCCCGCAGCCGGCCCCGAGGCCCGCGCCCCGACGGUCCUCAGCCCUCACUCUCGCCGGCGGAGCCGCACCUGGAAUCGCCGGUGCCCAGUGCCCCGGGGGCCCUGGCGGGCGGCCCCACCCAGGCAGCCCCGGGAGUCCGGGGGGAGGAGGAGCAGUGGGCCCGGGAGAUCGGGGCCCAGCUGCGGAGGAUGGCGGACGACCUCAACGCGCUGUACGAGCGGCGGAGACAAGAAGAGCAGCAGCGACACCGCCCCUCCCCCUGGAGGGUCCUGUACAAUCUCAUCAUGGGACUCCUGCCCUUACCCAGGGGCCGUGGAGCCCCAGAGAUGGAGCCCAAUUAGGUGCCUGCACCCGCCCGGUGGACAUCAGGGACUUGGGGGGCAGGACCCUCCCACCUCCUGAUGCUCUGGCCAGCGCGGGAGACUUUUUCUGCACCAUGUAGCAUACUGGACUACCAGCCCUGCCCGUCCCAGGGGCGGGCCAGGGCCGCCACUCCAGCCCCAGUCCCGGCCUAGCCUGGGGACACUGAUGGAGAUGUGGACUCCUGGGUCCCUGGCUGGGAAGCCAGGGGAGAGAGGGCUGACGGACUCAGCGUCUGAAGGCAGCGGUGACGGAGAGGGUGGGGACGGAGCCACCCGUCUCUGCCGCCCACCACCAUCUCAGGAAAGGCUGCUGGUGCUGGCUGCCCGUUCCAGCUGCAGGGGUGACACUGGGGGCGGGGGGAACCUCCCUCCCAGUGCUCCUUCACUUUGGGCCUAGCCUCAGGCCCCUGGUGCUUCCCCCCCUCCUCCUGGGGAGGGGGCCCGUGAAGAGCAAAUGAGCCAAACGUGACCACUAGCCUCCUGGAGCCAGAGAAUGGGGUGGUUCUGAUGGCUGCCCCAGCCCAGCGCCCAGCCAUCUUCCCUGAGCCAGCUGGCGGGUGGUGGGUAUGCCUGCCUCACCUUCAUCUGGGGGUGGCCAGGAGGGGCCCAGACUGUGAAUCCUGUGCUCUGCCCGUGACCACCCCCCGCCCCCAUCAAUCCCAUUGCAUAGGUUUAGAGAGAGCACGUGUGACCACUGGCAUUCAUUUGGGGGGUGGGAUAUUUUGGCGGAAACCGCCCCAGCCUUAGUCCCCAGGGCAAAGCGCUGGGGGGAAGAUGGGGAGUCAGGGAGGGGGGGGAAAUCGCAGAAGAGGGAGGAGUCUGGGAGCGGGGAGGGAUGGCCCAGCCUGUAAAAUACUGUAUAUGCGCUGCUGUAGAUACCGGAAUGAAUUUUCUGUACAUGUUUGGUUAAUUUUUUUUGUACAUGAUUUUUGUAUGUUUCCUUUUCAAUAAAAUCAGAUUGGAACAGUG